AUUUGGUAAGAAAUUUCCUCGUGCUCUUCCUCUCAGCGGCCUGGGGUGACCUCUGAAAAUCAUUCGCUAUUCGCUUGACCCGGAAAACCCUACGAAAUCAUGCAAGUCAAGAGGUUCAAAUCUCCAUGUUCACUUUAAGAACACACAUGAAACUGCUCAGGCCAUCAAGGGUAUGCAUAUCCGAAAAGCCACCAAGUAUCUGAAAGACGUCACUUUGCAGAAGCAGUGUGUGCUAUUCCGUCACUACAGUGGUGGAGUUGGUAGGUGUGCCCAGGCCAAACAGUGGGGCUGGACACGAGGUCGGUGGCCCAAGAAGAGUGCUGAAUUUUUACUGCACAUGCUUAAAAAUGCAGAGAGUAAUGCUGAACUUAAGGGUUUAGAUGUCGAUUCCCUGGUCAUUGAGCACAUUCAGGUGAACAAAGCCCCCAAGAUGUGGCGUAGGACUUACAGGGCUCAUGGUCGCAUUAACCCGUACAUGAGCUCUCCCUGCCACACUGAGAUGAUCCUUACUGAAAAAGAGCAGAUUGUUCCGAAACCAGAAGAGGAGGUUGCACAGAAGAAAAAGAUAUCCCAGAGGAAACUGAAGAAACAAAAACUUACAGCCCAAGAGUAAAUUUGCACAGAAUAAAUGCAAAUAAAAAUUUUUAAAAAUAAUAAAAUUUCUUCAUGAGGAGCCUGAGUGGCACAGUCA